UUCGACAGUUCCGCGUUGAGUGUUGAAGAAAUAGCAUUAAAAUUGUUGCUUUAAGGUUGCCGUUUGCGUUAAUUUAUAGCAACAAAAAAGUGCCUGUGUCACAAUCUUUUACAAGUUUCGGAAUUUUUACUUUGAAAAACAAAACCUUUCAAAAUGACGGAAGUAAAGACAUAUUCGCUUGCAGAAAUCAAAGCACAUAAUACAAACAAGUCAGCCUGGAUUGUGAUUCACAACAACGUCUACAAUGUUACAGAUUUCCUUAAUGAGCACCCCGGUGGCGAAGAAGUUCUACUGGAACAAGCCGGCAAGGAGGCUACGGAAGCGUUCGAGGAUGUUGGCCAUAGCACAGAUGCGCGUGAUAUGAUGAAAAAAUUCAAGGUCGGUGAGCUGAUCGAAUCCGAACGAAAGCAAAUUCCAGUAAAGAAGGAACCAGACUGGAACACCGAGCAGAAAGAUGAAAACUCAUUGAAAUCCUGGAUCGUUCCACUAAUUCUGGGCCUUUUGGCAACCAUUAUAUAUCGGUUCUACUUCACUCAGUAACGUGCGCUCAAGAAUACUUCUGCUACAGGCGGAUUCAAUCGUGCCGAAGCUUUUCUUCAUUCCAAGGGAACGCAGUUCUGUACCAAGCAAAGUAGUGCGAGCAAACCACGUACAACCGUUUAUACACGGAACAGAAAAAGCCAACUUUUAUUGAGACACAUACCUAACUUGUGUGCUACACAAAACUUCUGCAUUUGACGCGAAAAAAUAUAGUUUGCUUUUGAUAACUCACCACAAAAAUCACAACAUGACGGCUGAAAAAGAAACAAUCACAGAGCAGACCUGAAACAACAUAAGUUAAGCUAAAAUGUGAAAAAUGACCUAAAUUCAAAAAAGUGUUAUCACUGAAAAAAAUUACAUUUAAAUUGCAACACACAUAGGUGUAAGCUUCACAAAAGCAUUUUUCAUGAAGCUAGAAAACCGUAGUUAGUAAUGUUCAUGGGUCAUAGUUUUUUAUAUACACAAGACAGCAUGUCAACUAAAGCAUCCGAGCAUGUUAGCGUUUUGUUAAUUAUUUUCAAUUCGAUAUGGGAUAAACAUUGGUUUAGAUAGAGUUUGGUUGCACCGAUAAGUUAAAGUUUUACAAUUUGUUCAAUUAACUUCCUCUACUUCAAAAUAUUGUGGAUGUUCGAUUCAG